AAAACCUCAAAACCUUCCAUUUGCCAACUAAUCUCUUCUCUUCCUUUUCUCCAAACCCCCCCUCCCCUAUAAAUAAGUGCAUAAGAGAGUACCCUCUUAGUUUCUAAAAAAAGUUUUAUACCCACAAACACAUAAAUAUAUAUAUAUAAUAUACAUAUAUGGAGCUCAUCAUCAAGAAGUCUACCUUCAUUCUCAUCUUUAUUCUCUUCCUCUUUUCCACUCAUCCUUACUUCUCAACAGGGGCUAUGGUGGUGGAUAGUGAAGAGAUUUAUGAGAUUGAUUAUAGAGGUCCUGAGACCCACUCAUCAAUUCCUCCACCUGAUCACUCUCGUGGGAAGCAUAGGGUUCACAGGCAAAGCUCAUGGGGACACCCAAAUAACCCUAAAACAAAGACCACUUACUUGGGAAGAAAGGCCAGUAAGAUACACGGCUGAAUAAGAUGUAUAAGAAAGAUUGAAAGAAGAUCUCCCUUCUUUUCUAGUGUUAUUAGUUUUUGCUAAAGUGAUGAUAUAUUAUUGCUAUUAAUUAAUGCUCUCUAUAGAUAAUUAAUGUGUAGGGAUUAAUUAUAUUAAGAUGUCAUGAUGAAUCAUAUAUAUUAGCAUUUAAUGUUUGUCA